AACAUAUCUCCUCUAACAUGCUCAAUACCUGCAUUGUUUAGUAAUAAGACAUUCUCUUUUGAUCUCGCAUCUCCGGUGUGGUCUUGUCGGAAUUAUGGUCAGUCGUUUAACUCGAAGAAGUGGCAGUCAACAGGAGGCAAAACCCUAGAUGCUUGCUGCGAUCCCUCUUUUGAUUUGGGCUGGACAGCUUCUGGCCCACUAAGAAUUUUACCACGGCCCAUAACUAAAGCAAAUGGUCUGACCCAUUUACCAAUUUGGCCCAGGUCUGCUUCUCUUAAAUCCUUGUCAAACACUAGAUUUCUAUUGUCUCGUUAUGGUUUUGAGAUUGGCCAAGUACUCCUUUCUCUCAUCACGUUGACACUAUUAUAUAGUCUAGACAAGGAGCUUUUAUUAACCCUGGUGGAAGAUCUUAGAGCCUUAGGGAGCAGCUCAUCAUUUUCCUAUAUGUCUAAGAAUCCUAUGAUAGAACCAUCCUCUUUAAUAGAGAGAACUAUUGUUUGGUCUCCGAUCUUAAGUUUGCAAAACCAUUUGGAUACCUUAACCACCUUUGUAGAAGCUGCGUGUUUCGAACCGGUGAUAUCCAAUGUUAAAGACCUUUUCUCAACGUCACUAUGUCUCUUUUGGACCGUGACCAUUCAACAAUCUCCCGAAGUAUUCGUGGAAUUGUCUUCGACUCACCAUUCUUUCGCUUGUGGUAAGUUACUACCUUGUUCUUGUCUCCGAUGUAUGGAUUUACCGUCGAAUUAUCUUAUCUCCUCCCUUUACCAAUCUCUUGUAAGAGUGCUAGUAGUUAUCUUUGAUGUUUCCAACUUUGAGGUUGAUGUUUGCUUAAACUUUGUACUACCUAUGAUUUGAUUUGAAUGAAAUUAUCUUUUGCACAAAAAAAAAAAAAGACAUUCUUUCGAUCAAAUCUUAAACAAAUGAUGUAAGAAAAAUCGUUUUUAAAAAAAAAAAUACCGGGAAAAUGUAUAUAUACCAGGAUAAGAAGGAGCAUCUUUGAUGACAUGGGGGAGAUCAAAGUUGAUGCCUGUAAGGUUGGGGUACUUGGAGACGAUCAUUUUGAGAGUAGCACUUAGGAAAGUUCAAUGGCCUCAAAAUCUCUCACUCAUAAAAUUUAGGUCCUGAGUGAGUUUUCUCCUUAGUCAAUGAUAGUUAAUAUUAUGGUGAUUGGUGAGUUUCUUGAACUUGUUUCUUAAUGCAUGUUGAUUAUUUAAUUUGUAAAGGAAAUUUUUUAGCAAAACUGGAUAAUCAACAUGUAAUUAGUUCAGCAGAAGUGGAUUACUAAUUAAUUAGUAUUGCAAGCUCUAUGAUUGCACCUAAUUCGUAAACCCCUUUAUAUCAGAUUUGAUGUUGUACAUUGCCUACCUAUGUUGAACUACAUUAUAAUGAUCCAAUGUUUUCAUUUGCUCA